CACAGGAACAUAAAUCCUCUUCGCCAAGAACAUUAAGUAGAAUUGUUCCAGAAGUUAGUUCUUAUUUUUAAGCUAUAUUUCAUAGGAAAGCUGCUGUUAAAGCUUAUGUUACUUGUUCUUUGAGUGGGAUUACACUACAUAAUGUUUGUCUUUAGCUAGGAGUCAUGUACCUCCUGGUUUUAUAUCACAUUUUAUCUUUGCCUUUGACGCUGGAAAUGUCUGGGAGACUGUAAAUAUAAUUGUGAUGGUAGGCAUGUCAAAAUUGGUGUUGCAUUGGGGCAUCACAUGGUGUUCAUAUCCUGAACACUGGACAGUGCAUGAUAGAGUAGGUACUUUAUCCAAAUUAAAAGGUAGGGAGAGUUCUAUUCUUUCAGAAGAACUGAGUUUCUCGAGAGCAAAUAAAGGUUGAUGUGUUAUAUCAUGGUAGAAGGGAGGCUAUUGCUUUCCUCACAUUUAAAUACAUGGUGAAUCUAAAGAUAUUGAGAGAUAUCAGACAACUUUACAGGGCUACGCUUUUCAGUCUCGAGCAUUCAGUUAUUAUGCUUCUUUUCUCGCAUUGUCUGUUGGAGAUUUGAGAUUUCAGAAGUCAAACGUUCCUCCUUCUUUGGCCAACAAAACUGAAGGUUCCUCAAGAAAAUUUUUCAUACGAUCAUCUUAUUGAUGUUGCCUUUAUAAAUUACUUUAUAUAACACUUUUUCCCGAUCUCGAUGGUCAUAACUAUGCACGACAAGAAACUUUGCUCUGAUGUGUCAGCAGAGAGCAGUCACUUAUCAGCUUACGCUUUAGUUGUCGGACUUGCUUACAUUGGUUAGUAUGACUGCAGGUUCUUUUUGUACUCAUCGAUGGUACUCAGCACCAGCAGCGGAUUAUGUUGUUGUGAACAUGGAUGGGCAAGGCAUCAGCUACCUCUUACCACAUUACAUCACCAACUGCAGCCGAUUAAUGCUCCUCCUUAUACAUUCGUUCAGGUUGGACCGCUUGAUGAGGAGAGAGAAUUCUUCCAUUGGGAAACAAUAUCAGUGCCCUUGGCCUUUGCUUUUUCAAAAAUGGAAUUUCAGAGAUCUAAGUCAUGCAAGGAUUUUCCAUAUUUUCUAGAGAAGAAGUGGAGGCUGCGUAGAUGGGAUGAGCAGGAGCAGCAGCAGCAGAGCCAUGGUGCAGUCGACCAACCCAACACUCACAUUGCAGAGGAUGAGUCGGGAGAUGUACCAAAUGGACAGUUGUGUGUAAUUUGUCCAUGCGGUCCUCCAGAUGUCGCCCAAGAGACCCGUGGUGGUUGACCGUCAAUGACCGUCCCACAGCGACUGUCGACUAUCGGCUCACAUCAACGAAAAUCUGGAGCUACAAUGGGUGUGUUUGGUUUAGAGA